UGACGUUGUGCCGUGGGUCGACAAUACGGCAGGAACUCCUUCCAGAUGUGACUUUUCGGUUUGCAGAUUAAUUUCAACUACAGACACGACAAUACAGGGACUGAAGAAAACAGAAGGACACUAAGAAGGGUAACUGAAGCAGGGCUGGAAAACGAACAGACGCGAACUGUUGGAAUAGAAAACAGGCAACAAGAGAGGUCGAGGGAUGAAAAUUUUGGCCAUUUCACCAUUAUGGCGAAUGACUGACGUGUGGUUGUUGCUCGUUUUCCUGAACUGCCAUAUUUUAAGAUCGCUAUGUAAGGAGGUUGUUACCAAUUCUUGGUUGGUUACCCUUCAUGGCGACGGAGGAGAAGAAAUAGCCAAAAGAGUUGCCAAAAAUACAGGAUUUUCAUACAUUGGACCGGUGCUGAAUUCCAAGACAGAUUUCCAUUUUGUCCACCAUGCUGUCCACAACGCACGCAUGCGCAGAAGUGUGCCUCACACAAGACUGCUCAAGUCGGACCCAAUGGUCCGAUUUGCUGUACAACAGACUGGCUUCCCUCGUCUUAAACGCGGGUAUAAACCCUUGAAGCCUUUGUCCCACGCCAAAAGCAAUAAAGCGAAGGCUGCCGCCCCGCCGAAGACUUCCGUGCCUACUGACCCUCUUUAUCCCAAACAGUGGUAUUUGAACAACACAGCGCAGGCGGGAGGCAAGUUAAAGCUGGACCUGAACGUUGAGGCAGCCUGGGCAUUAGGCAUCACUGGGAAGGGGGUCACCACCGCCAUUAUGGACGACGGUAUCGAUUACAUGCACCCGGAUUUAUACGAAAACUUUAACGCAGAGGCAAGCUACGACUUCAGCAGUAACGACCCCUACCCAUAUCCUAGAUAUACAGACGACUGGUUUAACAGCCAUGGCACCCGCUGUGCUGGAGAGAUAGCUGCUAAAAGAGACAAUGGCGUCGGGGGAGUGGGCGUGGCCUACGGGUCUAGAGUGGCAGGCUUGCGAAUGCUGGAUCAACCAUACAUGACGGACCUGAUAGAAGCCAACUCUAUGGGCCAUGAGCCCCAGAAGAUUGACAUUUACAGCGCCAGCUGGGGUCCGACAGACGACGGAAAAACUGUUGAUGGACCCAGGAACCUCACCAUGAAAGCUAUCGUAUACGGAGUAAACGAGGGCCGUCAAGGGAAGGGGAACAUCUACGUGUGGGCCUCAGGGGACGGAGGUCCUGAUGAUGACUGCAACUGUGACGGUUACGCUGCCAGUAUGUGGACAGUGUCCAUCAACUCGGCAACCAACGACGGGCAAACCGCGGGUUAUGACGAGUCGUGUUCCUCGACUCUUGCCUCCACCUUUAGCAACGGGAAGAGCAGCAUUUACGACGCUGGCGUGGCUACCACCGAUCUUUACGGGAACGUCACCACAAAGCAUUCUGGAACAUCGGCGGCUGCCCCCGAGGCUGCAGGCGUCUUCGCGCUCGCUCUGGAGGCAAACCCCGAUCUCACCUGGCGUGAUAUCCAACACCUGACUGUGCUCACCUCCAAGCGGAACUCUCUGUUCGACCCUGAAGGACGCUUCCUAUGGAUGGUAAACGGGGCAGGUCUGGAGUUUAACCAUCUGUUUGGCUAUGGAGUUCUAGACGCUGGGUCCAUUGUGGAUUUGGCUGGCAAGUGGAAGAGCGUUCCAGAGCGGUUCCAUUGCUCCUCUGGCACGGUGCAGGGAAAGCACAAAUUUAAAACUAACGAGCCACUGCUGUUGAUCAUCGACACUGACGCCUGUCAGGACAAGGACAAUGAAAUCAAUUAUCUGGAACAUGUCCAGGCGUUCAUUACCAUUAACGCGUCUCGUCGUGGUGACGUCACCAUGUAUCUGACCUCCCCUAUGGGAACGAAGACGAUGAUCCUCAGCAGACGACCCCGUGAUGACGACAGUACAUCCGGGUUCAUCAAAUGGCCGUUCAUGACCACCCACAUGUGGGCAGAAAACCCUCAGGGCCCAUGGCGAUUGGAGGUCGUCAUGGAGACAGCCCCUGUCACUGGCCUGGAGCAGGAGGGCAACCUCUUUGAGUGGACUUUGAUGCUGCACGGCGUUCGCGACGCCCCCUAUGCCAAGUUGCCCGUUGACGCUGUCACCAACCACGAGAAGCUGGGCGUGGUCAAACGAGCGCACGAGCGAUUUAUUGCUCGCUCCGCCAGGGUGUAGAAUUAGGAAUUAGAUCCCAAGUUUCCUGGCUGACUGAUACAUAGCAUAUGUACAUGUGUUCUUUUACAUGUUUUUUGAUGAAAAUUUUAUGAAAGGAAUUUUCUUCAUGUAAUAAUACUUGUAUUUGGGGUAAGACCAUUUUGGGCAAGUUAUAUGUACAUCUGUUUUCAUUUUCCUUGUGACUAGUCAGAGAAGAAUUUCUUCAGCUGUGUUUGGAGGUAAAAACUAUCUCAAUAUUAGCUGUUGACUGAAGAAAAAAAGCACAUCGUCCUUGUGACUAGAUAUUACAUUUUAUCAACUACCUACCUUAAAUGAUGUAAUAAUGCAUCACAUUUCGUGUGAUAAGUCAGCCUGCCAUAAAUAAUUUUUCUAUAAAUCCAUAGAAACCCCUGUUUGAUUGUUGGAGUUUCAUACAUCUUUUGGAAAACUAUUAAUGUGCACUUUAUCAGUUUUGUCCUUUUUGGGGGCAAAUCACUAAAUCACUAAAUCACUAAGUCAGCUAAGAAACUUGGGAUCUAGUUCUUUUGCCACAAUUAUAUUACAACAAAGUUCUGACAAUGAAUGAACUUUGUUGUAAAAUAUCAGCAUAGUACUUAUGUGGUGUAUGAAGAACAAGAUAGUAUGAAAACAAUGGGCUCUUCUUUCUCAUCACAUCAGUUGAAUAAAAGAUACGUAUUUGGCACAAAAUUACAAUCAACAAUACCUAGUACUGAUCGAGUCCCAAAGUCGAAAAGUCCCUAUCCGUAUACACACGUAGGGCCGCUGUAUUCACAAUCUGGCCUGAUUCGAACGUGUUCUUUCACUUCAUUCCGUGGAAACGCAAUUUUAUUUACAACAACAUCAACAACAAAACGGUGCUUAAUUAAACAUGUGUGGAGAUGAAGUGGUAUUAAUUGGAAUAAAACCACAUGAUCUCUAGAAAGAGAAGAGAAACAUUCACGAAGACGAACAACGCAUGUGUGUUCUUUUAGGUUGAAUUCCAAGUAACUUUUGCCUGAAAGUCAAACGCAAUAAAAGAUACCCUUCUAAGCCCAAAAUGUUGCUCGAUAUUUGUAUAGUUCCGAUGUAUUUUCUGUUUUUGUCUUGAAUCGUGUUUUUCAUAGGAGUAGAGGGGCGGGGCGGGGUGGGGGUCGUUGUAAGAGUUUUAUUUUUAUCUUUAAAGCUAUACACUUUCUUGCAAAUAAUUUAAGCCUCUGUCUGUCUGUCUGUCUCUCUCUCUCUCUCUCUCUCUCUCUCUCUCUCUUGUAAGAUUAAAAUGUUUGGCAAGAUUAAUAGAUAAUGAAAAGGGAUUAAACUACUACUGUUUCCAACUACUGUUUCCAUCAUAACAAUUAAUAAAGUAAACACUGACUGUAGUGUAUAUAAGUAGGACUUAUUGUGCUCCUGUUAUGCUGUAUUGUGAUAACACGUUUGCACGGUAUAUAUAUUAUAACAUAUGUUGAUAGAAUUUCUUAUAAAUGUUCAUAGCAUUACUUAUAACUAUUAUGAAACUGACAACAGUGUUAGGUCCAGACGGGAGAGCGUUUUACAGUUCAAGUGUCAUAUUUAAGACAUUUGAUGCCGCGUGAUUGUACAGUUAAAAGCUUGUUAAUAUAUUGCAAUCUGAGGAUGAUUAUUAUACAGCGAAGAUACAGUAAUUAUUGUGUGUGUAGAUAUCGUUAUAUCUGUGAUAAAUGUCUGAAGUCGUCUCGCUCCAACUUCUGCUUUGUAGUUUAGUAAAAAAAUAUAGAAACGAUAUAUAUUUUGGGCUUAUGUUUGGAAGUGACAGAAUUUGCGACGAGGAUCAAGAAAAUAAAUCUUUGGGCAACAACCUAUGUACAAUUUAUGACUGUUAUUUAUUCUGUGAAAUAAAUAU